AUGUGCAAAUCACCACUUCAUUCGUUCCUUCUCAAUCUCCCAAAAUGUGAGCAUCACAUUCAUCUCGAGGGUGCUUUGACUCCGGAGCUGGUUUUUUCUCUUGCGAGAAAGAACAAGAUUUCCCUUCCUGAUUUGCCGCACUACCAAAGCCCCGAGGCUCUGGCAGCCAGGUAUGAUGGAUUCGACAAUCUCGACGACUUUCUCAACAUUCACUAUGCAAAUAUGUCGGUCUUGAUUACCGAGGAUGACUUUUACGAAUUGGCAUGGUCCUAUGUUCUCGCGGCCCAUGCUGAUGGGGUUCAUCAUGCAGAAGUGUUCUUUGAUCCACAAUCACACACCCCCCCGUGGUGUUCCUAUAGCAUCAGUCACCAGAGGCUAUAA